UUUGUCUUAUCUUGUAGCUUUAAAGUUAUAUUUAUAGGUUUGAUUUAGAUGGUCAUUACCGAAAUGCAACCUGCUGCUAGAAUAAAAAGUACAUCUGUGAACUAUUCUGUAAAUCUGUAAAUAUUUUAAUGUUGAAUAAAAUGUGUAAUAUGUGUAGAAUUUAGAAAAAAAAAAAAAAAAAAAACAUGUUUCUCUAACAAAAUUAUGGAAUGUCAGGAAAUAUGACGCCUGUGCUAUACUUUUGAAUUCUUGACUUUUGACUGAGUUUUACAGAGGAAAACCAAAGAACCAAGUCCCCGUGUCACCCAGAGCAUUGGCGCCAUCUGCUGGAGAAGGAAAACAAGAACCAGACCUCCAGAUUCACAAUACAUUCAUCCCGAAUUUCGGACUUCCGGUCAUCGCGCAAUGCAUACUGGAAAGGAUUCUCAGAAAAAGUGGAUUACCAGAAAACUCCAUCCACCUGCUCCUGGUCUGUAGACUGAUUCAUCAGCCGGUUUCACUCUGUGGAAACCAUGUGACCUCGCAGCAUUAGGAUUCGUUCGCUCAACAUUCUGUGUCGAUUGGCAGGAGACUCUUUGGAUCCAGAGCAGUGCAUUAUGGGACUUAGCUGCUUCAAGUCUUGGAAACAUGACCGGACUCGUCAUAAAGGGAACAGAGAUGUCUUGGCCAGUCCUGGCUCGUACUUCUUCCUCUCAAACAGCGCAGGACAAGGAGACGAGUGGCUCAAGACUCUCAACAAAGGAGCCUGGAUCCCAUUCACAGGUGUUUUUGGUCAGCGUUUGGAGGAGACGGUUCUGUACGAGCGUAAAUACGGGGUACGUCUGGUGCCCCUAGUGGUGGAGCAGUGUGUGAACUUCAUUCGGGACAGGGGUCUUCACGAGGUUGGACUGUUUCGACAACCUGGACAGACACGGAUGGUCCAAGCACUGAGACAGGCCUACGACUCUGGGGAGAGACCCAUGUUUGACAGUAGCACAGAUGUCCACACAGUGGCGUCGUUGCUGAAACUCUACCUCCGUCAGCUGCCUGAGCCUCUGGUGCCAUACAGCCACUACCAGCACUUUCUGCAGUGUGGUAGGAAACUGUCCACUGACCGCACACGGGGUUUGGUCGAGUUAAGAUACCUGCUUCACGAGCUUCCUGUUGCAAACUUCAACCUCCUCAACUUCAUUUGCCAAUUUCUGAAUGAAGUACAGAGUUACUCCAGUAGCAACAAAAUGAGCUGUCAGAAUUUAGCCACCGUUUUCGGGCCAAACAUCCUUCGCUCCAAAGCCGAGGACCCGCAAAGCAUUGUGGGAGGGGCAGCUCUGGUGCAGGUCUUGAUGCUGGAGUUCAUCAGAGAGUAUCACAGUCUCUUCUCUAAAGUGCCUCCUCCAUCUCUGAGACCCCCUGUGUCUCCGUACAGCGCCCCCUGCCUGCGACAGAUGUCUCUGCCGCUCAUCACAGAGAAAGACAGUGAGGCAGGACAAAGCUCUGUGCCCAAAUCUGAGUUUUAUCAGAAGAAGCUCUUAGGUCACCGUCACACGUCAUCCCACCCUGAAACGUGCAUGUUCCUCGCCCCGGGCUCCUCCAGUCCCUACAACAACGUGAACCUGCAUCACCACGGCGACCAGCAGGGCCAUUCCGUACCUUUGCCGCUCCUCAAACCGGACGGCCUGAGCUGGACUGAGGCCUGGUCGGAUCUACGGGACCCCAACGUGGACUACUGGACCCCUGACGCCCCGAACGAGGGUCUAGCCUCUCUCAGCGGUGGUAGUAGUAUUUCAAAUGGGAUUAGUACUCCCUCUGCUUACGACAACAUAGAAAAAGAAAAUUCCAACAGUGGAUCGUUUGAAAAUGUCCAACCUGAAACUGCUGAGCAACCUCAAAAUUUAGAAGAAGAACAAAAUGAGGAAUCUUCCACUUCUUGGUCGUCCUGCGAGAUUAUCCCACUGGAGGAAAGCCUAAGCCCCGCCCCUUCUGCAAAAAGACACACAAGUCUACCUGUAAUGGAGCUUAAAGACUUAGACAAUGAGGGUGAAGAGCCGUUUGAAUCGCUGCAUUACACCACGCCCACGUCGCGUUCAGAGCCCAGCAUCAGCCCUCUGAGCACGGGCAGCUCCGAGGUGUUUCUCCCCUCAGGACCUCCAGAGCUCCAGGACCAGGAGGGGCAGAUGGAGACGAGCGAGCCCAGAGACACACACUCUCUGCUGGUCGAGCUGCAGCGGCAGCUGGCCCGGCAGAGAGAGGAGUACCAGGCCCGGAUUCAGAGACUGGAGCGCUGUAACGACGUCCUGGAGAGGCAGAUCACCGUCUUGAGGCUGACCCUGGAGCAGCAGAAGCGCAGCCAGAGCGUGGCAGAAACUCAGCUCAAACACAUGGAGUGCGCCAAAGCGGACGCCGACCGACGCAACCACAAACUGCAGCAGGAGAUGGACAGGUUCUUCGAAAUGUGCGGAGAGAUCAGGAACUCAGAAGAGGACGAGACAAAGGAGGAGAAACCACGGACAAGAGUUUUACAAAGUCUAUAAUGAUAAAUUACAUAAAUAUAUUUAAAUAUGCUAGGCCUAUUAUCUGACAGUAAAUUAUACUAAAAUGUCCAAUUUCAGUCUUAAAUGAGAGUAUAUCUGCUGUAGCUUGACUUCACUGGAUUGAACCAUGUCAAAGUUUUUCAAAUUCUGACCAAAAUAUUAUUAAACAUUA